AUGAAUUUUUUUUCUUUCCAAUCUUUGUUUUCCUAACAUAAUAGCAAGAAAAGCUUCUUUUUGCUUAAGGGACCGACGAAACACUUUUCUCACAUGGGUGAUGGAUAAGUUUUGUGGAGUUGUUUUACAUUGCGGCUACUGCAUGAUAAGUUCCUCUGCCAGGAAUUUCUAAGAACGGUGGGUAGACAACUGAAUCGACGAGAAGGAAAUUAAUGUGCCAGCAGACAGCGAAAGCAGGGGUUGUAGGUCAGCUUUUCACAUGACUCAGCAGUUUUAAUUGGUUGACUUCGUGGCGUUCUCCACCAAACUGGCCAUCGAUGGACACUUGCCCUUCCAUAAUCUCCAACACGUGCAGAUGACAAGUCCCAGCUCCAACUCCAUGGGGCAGCGACUGCUGCUCCCUUCAGCAUUUCCUGAGAUGCAAUUCGCUUCUUCAAAGCAAUACAUUUUGAUCGGAGGGAGGAAGUACAACUCUGCAGCUUCCUUUGUGGGCUUUUUGUACCAAGGCUAAAAGAGAAUAAGAAAUACUAUAUUUGACCUUUAGAUUCUCUCCUCAACAAAAGAAAAGCUUUUGGAUCCAAGAUAUGACUGGAUCUACUGCUUUAGCACUUUACAUUACAAUAAGUUGUCUUGCAUUUGUGAUAUCAAAGAUUGUUGUUUCGUGCCUCCUCUACAGAAGAUGGACUCGGAAACAUAAGAUCAUCCAAGAUACUUUGUCAGGUGGAAGGUUGGUAAUAUUCAGGUCUCCCACGGUACAAUCUCUGAGCUCAAAGAUCUUUGUCAAGAAGCUCAUGGAGUUGUCGAGCAAGGAUAUUAUUGGAUCUGGAGGCUCUGGUACAGUCUACAGAUUGGCAAUUGAUGACACCACCGCCUUUGCAGUGAAGAGACUGAACAAGGGAACUACCGAUAGAGACUGUGGAUUUGAAAGAGAGCUGGAUGCUAUGGGUGAUAUAAAGCACAGAAACAUUGCUAGUCUUAACGGAUAUUAUAUCGCACCUCAGUUUAAUUUUCUUAUAUAUGAACUGAUGCCAAAUGGAAGCUUGGAUGCAUUGCUUCAUGGCAAUUUGAGCAAAGUGAAACCUCUUGAUUGGCCUACGAGAUGCAAAAUAGCUGUUGGUGCAGCAAGGGGUAUAUCAUAUCUGCAUCAUGAUUGUAUACCUCACAUAAUCCACAGAGAUAUCAAAUCAAGCAAUAUACUGUUGGAUCAUAACAUGGAGGCAAGGGUUUCUGAUUUUGGAUUAGCCACACUAAUGAAACCAGAUCAGAGCCAUGUUUCAACAGUUGUUGCAGGAACUUUUGGUUAUCUAGCUCCUGAAUAUUUUGACACGGGUAAAGCAACUACAAAAGGAGAUGUUUACAGCUUUGGUGUGGUUUUGCUUGAACUUUUAACUGGCAGGAGGCCAACCAAUGAAUUGUUUUUGGAAGAAGGCACAAAACUUGCAACCUGGGUAAAAUGUAUUGUCGAAGAUAAAAGGGAAGAACAUGCUGUGGAUACAGCGCUGUCAUGCUUUCCUGUUGAAGAUGUCAAGGAAGUCUUCCGCAUUGCAGAAAAAUGCCUAGAAUUAGAUCCAUCGGAGAGGCCAACCAUGGCAGCGGUUCAUAAAAUGCUUGAGCAAGUAAAUACUUUCCACACUCUCAUAUCGGGCACUCUAAAAGGUGGCGCUGCUGCGGAUAACACACUGUUAACUACUGGUUCUGGGUAUACAUGCAACAAUCGUCUGUCCUAGUUAUACAGGACCUCCUAUUCACCAAGAUAGAUGUGGUGAAUCCGUGAUGUCAUAAGAAGCUACAAUUUCUUGUGGUGAAUACUACAUACCAAUUGUCACACACACACACAAACAUAUAUAUAUAUAUAUUUCCAACCAUUGUCUAA